GUCGGAAUCUAUCCAUUUACAGUUUGCAAAUAAUCGAUCAAUGUUCUGAGUCGAGGAUUGUCGUGUCUGAUAUUUGAAUUUACCUCUACCUUCGAAAUCUCCUCUCGCAUACAACAUGACGUUAUGUUUGCGCCAAGUUUGAAAAGCCAGAAGUUAAUGUGGUCAGAAACACGAUGUUAAGCAUGGCGUAUUGUAAUCCGUCCGACAUGGAUUUUUUAGACACAGUAUCGAUGGACUCCCAUGAUAUUCAGAGUGAGAUGGAGAAAAUUCUGGCCAAUGCCGAUUUUCUUAACAGUGAAAAUAGCAACCAUGCUAACAGUGCUUUUGAUUUUGACACCACUGGACCAAAUUCUAUUGAUGAUUGGAUUCAGAAUAUUCAGUGGAAUGAAGUGGCCAAAGUACACAAUGUCAUGGAUUCUUCAUUUGAAAUUGACAAUAAUAAUCCAAACUUAAUUGUCAAUCCACAGUCAGUUAUGCCGAUAGCAGUCACCCCUGCUCGUCACAGUUCUCCAAAGAAAACGGCGUUCUCACAGAUCGGCACACAGACGAAGCCUAACUCUACAGCGGUGAAUGUUCAAGGAUCAGUGUAUGGGUCCGAAGCUCUGGGACUGAAAAUUGAAAAUGUUGUCAGCCUAAAUCCACAAUACAUCGAGAAAAACAACAAUAAUCUGUCCUCUGCGAUAAAUUCUACGGUGCAGGGGACGCCGGUGUCAGUACAGUCUCCCAGUCGAGUGUCAAAGCCUGUGACAGUGUCGUUAUCAAAUAGUGCUGUGUCGACCAUUGACUUGAUGGAGGAGCAAGAAAAAGUGUAUCCCAAACCUGUGUAUUCCUACAGUUGUUUGAUAGCCAUGGCCUUAAAGAAUAGUCGGAAGGGGAGCUUACCUGUCAGCGAAAUCUACAGCUUUAUGACAGAACACUUUCCCUACUUCAAAACAGCUCCAGAUGGAUGGAAGAAUUCGGUUCGACACAAUCUGUCAUUAAAUAAGUGUUUUGAGAAAGUGGAUUCACCAAAAAUGAAUGGAAAUACUAAGAAAGGAUGUUUAUGGGCUCUGAAUCCGGCAAAGAUCUUAAAGAUGGAGGAUGAAAUCGCAAAGCACAGAAAAAAAGACCUUGACUCUAUCCUCAAAAGCAUGUCAAAUCCAGAUAAACUGGAGUUGAUAGAGGCAGGAAAGGCAGGACCCCCAGGAUCUCCGAAGGAAGACACACCCUCCCCAGCUCAGCCAAUCAGAGAAGAGAAAAACUUCCUGCCGGCCGAUGUCAGCAUUCUGGAAAAUGGAAUUGGCCUCGAACAAGGACUACCAGAUAUUAGCUUUCCGAGCUCUGGUAUCUGGGACGAGAUUAGAAUUGAUUCCGUGACGUCCCCGUCCACCACACAAGUUCUGACCAUUAGUGCUGCCCCCUUAUCUGGCCCCACUACCAUAGCAACAGGUAACAGUAACAUAUAUGGAAUCCUAACUUGCUCAAGUCCCAUGAAUCCCCAGAAUUCCAGAGUGAGCCAGAGCAGUUAAGUUCCGUCCAGCUAGUCACCACUGUGUUCAGAUCAUUCCAGCCAUUUAACGUUUAAACUGUCUGUGUCUGUCAGUUUUAUCCUAAUCUCACACUAGUAGCAAGUUAUAUACCCUAUAUAAUUGUGGAGCCAUUUGCUUCUCUGUUGUAUUCAAUGUUCACUAAGUGUUACAUUAAAAUUGUAUAUAUGAAUUGACCUAUUUUUUAUAUGCUGUACAAUAUAGAUGUGUUCUGUAUUUUGCAUAUUGCCAUGACCUGGCUGUUUUUAAAGGUGAAUCUAUUAUAUAGCUAUUCAGACUCGGUGUAAAAACCGCAAUGUGUUCAGGUAGGAAUCCUAGAUUUCUAUCAAACUGGCAGCAAAAGAUAUGUUAGAAAUGGAUGUGUUCAAAUCGAAAUCUUGCAUGUGUGGCAGCAAAUAUUUUCAAAUUUUUGUCAAAUUAUGAGUUUAAAACUUUUUGUUGUAUUGUAAAGGAUUUUUUAAAUAUAUAUACAGUGGAAAAUGUUAUAUAUCUCAUCCAAUGCUGAAAAAUAUUUGAGCUAUCAUUUAACAUAAAUAUCUUUCAUCAAAAUAGUUCUGGUUAGCAUGAAGAUUUGGUUAUAAAGCAAUGAAUGUAUCGGCCUUCAGUUCUGAACCUUGGAAUAAGUUUGGAGUGGAGAAAAAUAAUACUGAGGAUUAACAGUCCUCUGUUACUUAAUACACACAGAAUGGCUUUUUGUGUUUGUUAGAAUAAUGUACACGUUAUGUAGAUCAUAUCGUCGUUAGCAGUUCCUGAUGUGGAAUAUUUAAGAUGCCGACUUACUUAGUGAUUUGUAUUUAGUGAUCAUGCUUUUAGAUGAAGUCAUAAAAAAUGGCAAAUUGUAAAGUUUUAUGUAUGGAGUAAUUCCAAUAUUGUUUUCUGCACAAAGUGAUCUUGAUUUAAGACUGUGUUUUGCUCACGUUUGUUAUAAUUUGUGAAGUGAUAGAAUGUGUGUUAAUUGUAAAUACAAGAAUGAAUGUUUAUGAUAUAAGGAGGCAUAUAUGUAGUAUGGUACAGUGCCAAAAUGGAAGUGUUCUAAAAUGUGAUUUGCUUCAUGCAAUACACAAACCCCCCUUACAGGCAGCAGUGUACAGGAAUCUUCGCGGUCAUCUUUAGUUCUGGGAGGCCUGGGGUUAUACUCUAGUUCUCACUAUCAACUGGUUCCCUGUCCCGGGGGACCGGAAGGGUCAGUGGUACUUGAGUUUUCCCUGGAUGUUCCUCUCUGUCCUAAGUGACCCAAAGAUUCAGCUUUGAUUUAGUGAUUUCAUGUAUUUAGUUGUUAUCAAGUCAUAGACAAGUAGAUUUCUGUUUAGAAAGAGAAAAAGAUUCCAUGGUCUUUUCUUUAAUAUUUACGUCAUCAGCUUUAAAAUCUUUGCUUCCACGGCCUUUGUCAUCCUCAUGCUAAAUUUACAUCUGGAGCCAUUUAUGAAAUAAAUGUGGAAUGAUUUAAUUUCAGUAAAAUUUUUAAUUUUGUUCCAUAUAGUGCUAUAUGUACAGUUUUCCUUGUUUUUUUCUGGAUUUAUAUGUAUACCGAUUUCUUCUUCUGUAACAAUUUUCAGGCUUAAUUAACAUGUCUUCUUGUAUCCAUGUAGAUUUUUAAUUUCAAGUUUAAUCUUGCAUUGUUUUAGUUUUUUAUUUUUUGGUUGAUUUUUUAUGAUAGAAAAAGGUCAUUUUAAUUAAAGAUUUUUUUUCCCCCCAAAUAUAUUGUUUCAAUGUUAUGUAAAAUUUACAAACUUGCAGCCAUGAAUGUGUUCAUAUUUUCUUAACUGAAGAAAAGAUAGAACAUUUUUUUUUUACAUGAUGUACAUUAAGAUGUAUAAUAAAAAUGUGU